AUGGCUACCACGAAUAAAUAUUCGUCGUUAAAAAUUGCGUCCCCGUUGGAAGGCUCGCAACCUGUCAACCAGUUCACGGCAUUUUCGCCGCAGGCUGUAGUCCAACCGCUUUAUUAUGCGCCCCAGUACUGCACUGCAUUAGGAACUCCAACCGAAUCCCUUUGUUAUGCACCAGUGACUCCAACUGCAGUUCAAAUUACUGGUCAACAGUAUCCUUAUCAACCACAGCCUGCCUUGGUUCCAGCAGCUGCUGGUCCACCAACUGCUUUCCCAUGUUAUACUGUCCCACCUCCUGAACCGUAUGGUGGAUCCUAUCAAAAUCCACAACUCGAAUCAGUUCCCAGUAAUGCAUAUGUGUCGGCGAGUCCUCAUGUGGGAUAUAUAGCUUCGUCACCAGUUGUUUUUAUGCCGCAACAAACUAAUUUCUUACCCCAAUCAGCACAGUUUCUCGCUCCGAACUCUAUACAGACACCUGUAACGACAGCAACUUGUGAUCAGUUUACCUCAUUCCUAAACCCUCGUAGUUCAGUAAACGUACCGACAGUGGCAUGCAGGCCUUUAAACCUUCCAGGACGGACAGAAUUUCCAAAAAACGUGACUAACGUUCAAGAGACUUCUCGCGAUUUUGGAAGUGGAGUGGGGCUGCGCCAUCCACGUAAACAGAAUUUAAAAUACAAAACUAAACCAUGCAAGAAUUACUCGAAAGACGGUUUUUGUCCCUACGGGGAUCGUUGUCAAUUUAUCCAUGAAGAUGCCUUCGUGACUCCGAAGUUCCCCGUUACAGAUGCGCUUCCUGCUUCAGAAAAUUUGACGGAUUCGAACAACUUGCUCGUUGAUCCUUCGGAACAAGAUUUAUCUCACCGUUUAUGUAGCUCAGUGCCUGUAAGUCGAAAGAUUUUGGAGGAUACAGAUAUGAAAUUUGCGGAUAAAGGAAGGAGGACUUAUCGAGAGAAUUUUACACUUGGCGUUGGCUGUAAAAAACCGACUGUUGUGGAUGGUCCCCAUUUGCCUGGUCUAGUUCAGAGUACCGAUCUCAACGCAUCCCCGGUUCCACAAAGAGUCUUCAACGGAUUCUGA